UUGUUUUGCUUUUCUUUUUCAGGCCUGACGAAAUUCUUCGUUUGUUGUGACGUGAUUUCUGAUCUGUUAUAAAAAUGAUCCGAAUUGGUCGACCGCCGCCUGCGAUCCAAAAGCCGGAAGGAAAAUUAGCAGUUAUUACCUCUUUCUACUACGACCCUUUCAAAUGGUCGUUGGUGAAAAGCGUGGGCAUGUUUCUUCUCGGCGUGGAAAUAGCGAGGCAGUUUGACGGAGCCGUGUUGAUGCCAGCUGCGUAAUGUCGGAUUACGACGAGUCCCUGUUUUCCAGUGAUAUUUUUUUCCGUUGCUGUUGCUCUUGUUAUCAUCCUUGAUGGUUUCUCUGUAGUCGGGACAUUUUUUUGUAGAACGCGUCAAGAAAUUGUGAGAGUAAAAACGUGAACGAUUUUCACGAUCAAA